AUGCUCGUGUCACCUCUCUCUGAAAUUGCUAUUACUAAUAACGAUGUGAUGUUGAUGAAGAACUUAUUAACAAAGCGGUUGAAGAAACAAGAAAGAAAGAAGACCAAAAUGACAAAUAAGCCGAUUAUCAAUGAGGGAGGAGGAGGUGGAGGAACUUCAACUGCCGUUUUCAAAACACCUUCGUUGCCUAUGUAUGCAGCUACAUCAUCUGCAUCUUCCGCUUCACCUUCUACCCAAGACAUAAUGUCCACAUGUACUCCUACCAUCAAUAACGUUAUCAAUUCUGACUUUGCAACACCAACAUCAUCAUCAUCAUCAACCAUUAUUUUUGGAAAAACAAGAGCUAACUCCAUCAAAAGAGCUAUACAAUAG